AUGCUUAAGACAUUGGAGAGGUACCAAAAGUGUAACUACGGACCUCCAGAGCCCAAUGUGCCUUCAAGAGAGGCCUUAGCAGUUGAACUUAGUAGCCAGCAGGAAUAUCUCAGGCUUAAGGAGCGUUACGACGCCUUACAAAGAACCCAAAGGAAUCUAUUGGGAGAAGAUCUAGGACCACUUAGUACAAAGGAGCUUGAGUCACUUGAGAGACAGCUUGAUUCUUCUUUGAAGCAGAUCAGAGCUCUCCGGACACAGUUCAUGCUUGACCAGCUCAAUGAUCUCCAGAGUAAGGAGCGCAUGCUUACUGAUACAAACAAAACUCUACGUCUAAGGUUAGCUGAUGGGUAUCAGAUGCCAUUCCAACUCAACCCGAACCAAGAAGAAGUAGAUGUUGACUAUGGGCGUCAUCAACAACAACAACAACAAGCUUUCUUCCAGCCUUUGGAAUACGAACCCAUUUUUCAAAUCGGGUAUCAUCAGGGGCAACAGCAAGAUCAUGCAAUGGAAGCAGGACCAAGUGCGAGUAAUUACAUGUUGGGUUGGUUGCCUUAUGACACCAACUCUAUUUGA